AAAGAAUUCUGCAACCCCACCUGCUGACCCACAGCCCCUCAACAGUGAAUCCUAAUACAUCCAUUUAGUUUAAAAACAAUGUAUUUUAUCUCAUAUUCCCAAUCUCUUCGUUUUUUCUUAUUUCCAAGUACAAACAAUAUCAUUUUGCAACUAUUCCUGAGAUAUCAGUACUAUUUGAAGUUCCAUUAACUUCAAUUAAAAUUUUGUUAAAAAUUUCCAUUUAUUUCAUUCAAUCACAAAUUAGCUGGUCUAACAACUAUUGCAAUAUAAAAAUAGGGAAUUAAACAACAUGUCUUCUGGUUCACAAUCUAUUAUUGAUAAGGUUUCAGCAGAGCAUUCUGUUGCAAGUAUUCAACAUGAUGGUGAGUUUAUAAUUUUGGGAGGAAAGAAAUAUUAUAAGAAUGAACUUCAAACUGCCUUUGGUGGUACCCUUACAGCCGAAAGAUAUGCUCCUUAUCCUAAGCAUCAAUUUGCCAAUGCUGCUGCUAUGGGGUUAUCAUCGUUUGCCAUGACUACGUUUGUAUUGGGGUUAUAUUAUGCUGGUGCUAUGGGAAUCAAGAUUCCAAAUAUGGUUAUUGGACUUACAUUUUUCUAUGGAGGUAUAGUACAAUUUCUUGCUGGUGUUUGGGAAUUGGCAAUUGGUAACGUUUUCGCUGGAACUGCCUUGGCAAGUUAUGGACCAUUUUGGUUUGCAUUUGGAAGUAUAUAUGUUGAAAGUUUUGGUAUACAAGCAGCCUAUAAAGAUGAACCAGAACAAAUGGCAAAUGCAGUUGGAUUUUUCUUGGUUGGUUGGUCAAUUUUCACAUUCUUAUUGGUUUUAUGUUGUCUUAAAUCAACCGUUAUGUUCUUAGGUUUAUUCCUUACUUUAGAUUUAACCUUUAUCCUUUUAGCUGCUGGCAAUUUUACUGGAAAUCCUAAAAUUGUUAAAGCUGGUGGUAUUAUGGCAGUUAUAUCUGCAUGUUGUGGUUGGUAUAACGCAUUUGCUGGUACCGCAACCAAACAAAAUUCAUAUUUCAAUGCUAAUCCAAUCCCACUUCCAGUUUGGGGUAAAAUAUAAUGUUUAUGAGAC